UGUGACAGCAUAGACAGAACUUCACAGCAUGGCUUUGUCCAAGGCUUUCGAACUACAGAUCUGUACAAAAUCCUGGGCUUGCAGCCUAGUGCAACGCAAAAGGACAUCAAAGAAGCGUUUUACGCUCUCUCAAGAAUUCACCACCCAGAUAUUGCUGCUACGGCUGAAUCUGGUUCAAAGUAUCAGAAAAUUGUAAGCGCGUACGAAAUCCUUGGAGACCCAAAAAAAAGAAUAAAUUACGAUCGCGGGCUUUUUGUUCCUAAAACGGGUAGUCAACCCUCUUCCGAUUUCCCAUUGAAAAUUGACGUUGACACGUUUCGCAAAACUGAAAGUGGUUCUUUCGAAUCCAACUAUGUUCGAUCUUAUAACCGAAACCUGAGAAACACAUGGAUGCAGCGUGCCGACGAAACAAUUUCGAAGAGUGCCUUUGAAUAUCGACUCGAUCAAAGGAGAUUCGCCAUGGUUAUCUACGCUUCAGUCAUUGGACUUAUCGUGGGCAGCUUUGCAGUUGCCAAGUUCUACGAGGAACCGAUUCCUACCAUAUCUUCUGAUACUUAG